ACACCGGGGGCGGUGCGGGCACACCGGGGGCGGUGCAGCUCGGCCAUGGCGGAGCCGCUGGAUCCCGGUUCGUCCCCGCUGCUGGCGGCCGCUCUCCGGGCGCACGAAGCGGCGUUCGGGGGUGCGGCGGUGCUGGCGGCCUGGGCCCCCGGGCGGGUGAACCUGAUCGGGGAGCACACCGACUACAACGGCGGCUUCGUGCUGCCCAUGGCCCUGCAGCUGGGCACGGUGCUGGUGGGAUCCCCCAGGCAGGACGGGACCAUCUCCAUCGUCACCACCUCGGCAGAGGCGGACGAGCCCCGCAGGGUGCAGUUCCCGGCUCCCGGUCCCGGCAGCGCCCUGAGCCCGGGGCUGCCUCGCUGGGCCAACUACGUCAAGGGCGUCAUCCAGCACUACCGGGGUGGUCCCGUGCCAGGCUUCAGUGCUGUCAUGGCCAGUGACAUCCCCCUGGGCGGGGGCCUGUCCAGCUCGGCUGCUCUGGAGGUGGCCACGUACACCUUCCUGCAGCAGCUCUGCCCUGAUGACGGGGAUUUGGUGGCCAAGGCGCUGGCGUGCCAGAAAGCAGAGCACACGUUUGCUGGGAUGCCCUGUGGGAUCAUGGACCAGCUCAUAUCUGUGAUGGGCAAGGAAGGCCAUGCACUGCUCAUCGACUGCAGGUCCCUGCAGACCGUCCCUGUGCCGCUGGCCGACGCCGGGCUGGCCGUGCUCAUCACCAACUCCAACGUGCGGCACUCGCUGGCGGGCAGCGCGUACCCCGAGCGCCGGCGGCACUGCGAGCGGGCGGCGGCGGCGCUCGGCAAGGCCAGCCUGAGGGACGCCAUCCUGGCCGAGCUGGAAGAGGCCAGGAGCAGCCUGGGGGAUGAGGUGUUCCGCAGGGCCAGGCACGUCAUCGGCGAGAUCGCCCGGACAGCACAGGCAGCACAGGCACUGCAGCACAGGGACUACAGAACCUUCGGGAGGCUGAUGGUGGAGAGCCACAACUCCCUCAGGGAUGACUACGAAGUGAGCUGCCCGGAGCUGGACGAGCUGGUGGCAGCAGCCCUGGAGGUGGAUGGGGUUUAUGGCAGCAGGAUGACUGGGGGAGGCUUUGGAGGCUGCACAGUGACACUGCUGGAAGCUGCAGCUGCAGACAGAGCCCAGCAGCACAUCCAGGAGAAAUACAGUGGCACAGCCACCUUCUACCUCACCAAGCCCUCGGGAGGGGCAAAGGCUCUGCCCCUGUAGAGGAGUGACCACCUCACCUGGGAACCUUGGGCUGGCAUUGCCUCCCUCCCCAAGGCUGUUCCAAGGGAUCAGUUGUCCUGCAUUAUUUACCUAAUAAAAGCAAAACAUUUGCACAGUU